AUGUUUGUCGCGUUUAAAUUUGAAUGCUAUUUGUCUCAGCUUUUCGAUUUAACUAUUCUCCAUGUUGAAUAUCGACUUAGUCCAGAACAUCCACUCUCUGCAGCUAUCGAUGAUACAGUCGUGAUCUAUCGUGCUCUUCUUCAUCAGACUAUUUCACCAUCUCAGAUACUUAUUAUAGGUGAUUCAGCUGGUGGUGGUCUAGCCUUACUAACAAUUCAAGCUGUACUAGCUCGUCAAUUACGUGUUUCUCGUGGUAUUAUUGCCUUAUCUCCAUGA